AUGGCUAUUUCUAAACCAAAAUAAUUAUUACUAGCUGAUUUUUUGAAUGAAACAAUAAUUAUUAUUAAUACUUUUCAUUUAGAGUUUCAUUAUAAUGAGCUUUCUUUAACAAAGGAUGGAGAAGAAUUUUUAACCAAAGGUUAUGAAAGGAUAUGUUUAUUUUCUAUUACAAAAAGUAAGCAAUUAAAUUGUAAACUCAUGUAUUAUAUAUAUUCAGAUAAUUAUAAAUUAGAUUUGAUUUUUCCAAAACAGGCCUAAUUAUUGUAAAAACCUGGGGUAUGCAACAAAUAGCAUCUUCUAGCUCUCAUGAAUAGUAAAUCCUUUUAGAUGAGAGAUGUUUAGAAAGUUAAGAGAGUAGUUUAAAUUUAAAUUCAAAGUCUUAAAACAUUUUCAUUAGAUUUAGAUGAAGAAAAUGUUUGUUUAGCUUUGUAGUGUGAAGAAUAGGGUGCCUUAUGGAUCUUUGAUUCUAGCAAAUUGGAAUUUGAAGAAUAUUAAGAUAAUAACUCAGAAUAUAAUAAUUGUAUAACAGCAAUUGGAAAUGAUUCAUAUGCUUAUUUAAACAAUAAGAAUAAAAUAGCUCUAUAUUAAUUUUCAACUUAAUCUUUAAAAGAAAUCAAUAUAAUUUUUGAUAAAAUAACUUACAUAUCAUAUUUGAAAUAAUUAUAGUGGCUAGCAAUUAGCACAAUUAAGAAUGAUAUAAUAUUAUUAGAUUUCAAAGCUUAAAAGAUUGUUGGAUCCUUAAAAGGUCAUUAAAAAUAAAUCAAUUCUAUUGCAGCAUCCCAAAAUGAAAAUGUUCUUGCAUCUGCAAGUGAUGAUACAUUGAUAAAACUAUGGAAUAUUAAGUAAAAGGAAUCUUCAGAAUUUAUGCAAGCUCAUUAAUAUUCUAUUAGUUAAUUAGCAUUUUCUGAAGAUGGUUAAAUUAUUGCAUCAGGAAGUAUUAAAGGUUUAGAAAAUCAAGUACCAAUUUUUAUAUGGGAUAUUGCAAAUAGAAAAUUAAUUACUUAAUUGAUAGGACAUUAGGAUUCAAUAUGUUUUUUGUCAUUCUCUUAUUGCCAUAAAUAAUUAUAUUCUGGAAGUAUUGAUGGUACCAUUAUUAUUUGGAACAUGCACUAUCCGCAUUAAACUGAAAUUAAGUUUGUAAUGGUUGAAUUAAAUUUAACUUUAAAUUCUCUUUGCUUUUCUCCUAAAGAAUAAGUGUUAGUAGGACUUUUAAAUUUGAAUGAUAUUUAAAAAUGGGAUAUUGGGAAAAUCAAAGAAUAAGAAAUUAAAAAAAGAAGAAUCCUUAAAAUUAACCAUUCUUUAUUCAAUUCUUAACUUAAUGGAAAAGGUUUUAAUUAACCAUGCAACUUUAUUUCAGAUGAUUAAUUUGUUUAUAAUAAUGGAAAUUAAAUGAUAACGUUAAAUGUAGAAACGAAAAAAUAAGAGAUUAUAACAAAGUUUUCAUAUGAAGUUCCAAUCGCAAUCUAGUUUAUUCCUUUAAAAGAUAGCACCAACUUUUUAUAUUUGAAUGAAAGGGGAUAAUUAAACUCUCUCCAAAAAAAUACUGAGAACAAAUGGAUCGAAUUUAAAUCAUAUUUUGAAUAGACAAAGUUUCUUUUUCUCACUCCAAAUAAAAAAUUAUUAUUCUAAUUACGAUUAGUAGAAAAAGAUGAUUUUAAUUUUGAAAAAUCCAAUGAAUCAUCGAAGUUUCAAAGAAUAACUAUCCAUGAUUUUUCUAAAUUGGAGCCUUCAACAUGGAAAAUUAGAAGUUUGAAACAAUUUAAUGGUUAAGUUUCUUUUUAAGAAGACUCAAAAAUAACUAUAAUUAUUGAUUAAUAAAUAUAAAUUUGGGAUUUAAAUAAUGAGGACUAUAUCAAGAUAUUUAAAGGAACCUAAAAAUUAGAAGUUCCUUAAAUAUCUAAUGAUCAAAAAUAUUUGGGUUGUAUUUAAUUAUAUUCGGAAAAGUAAAGCGAUAUUAUCUUAUGGGAGAUUGAAAAUCCAAAUAUAAUAAUUGAAUUAAAGGUUUCAGGUGAAUAAGCCAUUAUUUUUUAAUUUUCCAGCAACGAUUCAAACAAAAUUUAUGCACUAUACAAAGGUAUUCUAAGAAAUUGGAAUGUCAUGAAUCAAACAUUUGAAAUAACAAAUAUUUCUUUUGAUUUAACUGCUUCUUAAUCAUAUAUUUCCAGAAAUGGUAAAUUUCUCAUCUGUUAAGAACAAGAAUAGAUGGACAAGAAAAUAAUAGUAUGGGAUAUCAAAAAUUCCAAAAAAUAUUUUGAUUUAACAUAAGCUCCUAUUUAUGCCUUAGCUUUUUCCAAAAAUGACGAUAUGUUCAAAGUUGCUUAUGAAGAUAACAAAAAAAUAAUUUUAAAAAAUGCUAACACAUAAUGCUUAAUAAAUCUUAUUAAUUGUAAAAAAGAUCGUUCAAAAAUUUCUUUUACAGAUAAUGACAAGAAAUUGAUAUGCCUAAAUUAUGAUAUCAUAUAUUUAUGGUAAAUAGAUGAAUCGUUACAACAUAACCUAAUAGGGUGUUGGAAAAUAUAUGACACAUAUGAAUUUAAAUAUAAUUCAAUAACAUAAGAAUUUACAUAUUUUGGCAUGGAUCACAUUAUUAAGGUUAUCAAAAUAAUUCCAACAAUUUAUAAAAUUAAUUUUGAUAAUUUCGAUCAUAUUACAGAUUAAAAAAGAGUCUGCUUUUCAAGUGAUAGUAAAUAUUUUAUAAAUUUGACUCCAUACUUAAAGAUUUAUGAUGUAGAAAGUUUUUAAAUGUUAGUUGAACACAAAGACUUUUAAGGGUAAUAAAUUUACGCUUAAUCAAAUGAAAUUGUAAUUAUUAGUAAUAAUGAUCAAGAAUUACAGCUUAUAAACAUUUCUAAAAUUGAUAAAAUAGAAAAGAUUUAAAAGUUUGAACACCAAAAUUAAUUGUUUCAAACUGUUUCAUGUUCAGAUUAUUAUUUUCUUUAUUUUUAAAAUGAAAUUGAAAAUAAACCAGAUAAUUAAAAUUAUUUAAAAUAAAAGAAAGCUAUUAAUAAAUUAGCUAAACUAUAUUCAAAUGAUAACUCUUUGUUGGCUGUUUUUUAUUCUUUUCAAUAGCCUAUAUUUAGUAUGAGUGGAAAAUAUUUUGCAUUAAUAUCCUAACAAAAUUAUGAAAUAAUAAAUUUUUAAGACUGUUAAAUAUUUAAUUUAGAAUAGUAAUUAUUUUUAGAUAGAGAAAUCAAAUUUGGUUAGAUAUUUUUUUCUUUUAAUGGAGAAUUAAUAUACUUAUUUACACAUAAUAGUAUUUAAAUUUUAGAGUUAUAGACUUUGAAUACUAUAUAAAAAGAGAUAUUAGAUUUUGAAGUAAAAGAGAUUUAAAAUUCUUUAAAUUAAAAAUAUAUUGCUUUAAUGGGCUAAGACUAAGUUAAGAUUUAUUAAUUAGAAAACUAGAUAAAGUUUAUUAAGACAAUUUAGUCAAUUAAUGAAAAUGAAAAUAUAAUCAAAUCUAUUUUCAAAUGCAUUUCUUUAUCUCCAAAGGGAGAUCUUCUUCUAAUAGGUGAAUAAUCGCCUCAGGACUUUACAAAUUCAAUAUCCCUAUGGAUUGUCGAAAAAGGCGAAAAAGUAUACAUAAAUAAUUAAUAAAUGAUGAAGUUAAAGUAGUUAGAUUUUGUCCAGAUGGAAUGA